UAACCAACUUUAUCGCUGACUGGAGUGGAAGACGGAUAGAUAUGUGUUGAGCCGCGCUUGCUGACCCUUUGUGAGGGUUUAAAGUGCUUUUUUUUUUUUUUAUCUGUUGAUAGCGUUUAUAGCUCUUGGCGCGCCAUCAAAAUGAUGCGCUUCCUGCUGCUCUUCAGUCGCCAGGGGAAGCUGCGUCUGCAGAAGUGGUUCACGCCCAUGUCAGAGCGGGAGAAGAAGAAGAUCAUCAGGGACAUGACCACCAUGGUGUUGACACGGCAACCACGCACCUGUAACUUCCUGCACUGGAAAGACCUUAAGAUUAUUUAUAAGAGAUAUGCAAGCUUGUAUUUCUGCUUGGCCAUAGAGAACGAGGAGAAUGAGCUGCUAGCCCUGGAGGUUAUUCAUCGCUAUGUGGAGCUGCUGGACAAAUACUUCGGCAAUGUGUGUGAGCUGGACAUAAUCUUUAACUUUGAGAAGGCCUAUUUUAUCCUGGAUGAGUUUCUGAUGGGAGGGGAGGUACAGGAAACCUCCAAACAGAUUGUGAAUCGCUCCAUCGAAGCAUCAGACAUGUUACAGGAGGAUGACAACAGUGAGUGGUAUGAGGUGGAGCUGUUUGGAUGACCUUGAAUAUGGACAGAAAGACCAUGGAGGAGUAUAUGAGCAAACCUGCAUUUUAAUCCUUGGAAAAGGGGACAUAAAGGGGAGGAAUACAGGAGACAAAUGUACUGUACAUGAGUCAAAGAAGUUUCUGAGUGUGGAAAUGGGAUUAACUUUGAUUCUAGCUAACAUUUUCAAAAGAAGAAAUGGGGCGUACUGAAUGUCAGUCAUAUAACUUCAUUUGAGGUUAGGUUUAAUAUUUGUUCACAGUCAUGCAUUCAAGUGAAGGAGGGGGUGGGGGAGGAAUGUUUUUACAUUGAUUGCUGAGAUUAAAAUGUAAAUGAAGUAGAAACAGAGGAUCGGGGAUAUGAAAAUCAUAGCGAUGAAGUGAUUUUAGAUUUACAAAUUUGUUGCAUUUAUACUUAAAUCACACAUUAAUAUGUAGGAAGUGAAUAGUUUCCUUCCAAAAAACACCAUGGACUGAUUUUGGAAAAAAUCUGUGAAUCCUGUUAUUUCAAAAUACAAAUUUCAGUCUCAAAAACAACAGAUUUUCAGGGGAGUUAAAAGUAUUUGCUUUUAUAUCAGCAAAUAACACAUUUUCAAUUAGUCUAAUUAUGAUAAAUUUCAUACUGUUUUUAACUUGUAACAUAUUACCUGUGCUUGGGAUUAUUACUCAGUAAACGGAGCACUUGCUAGUGUGGGUGUGAAUAUCCCUAUUUUUCAUUAUGUGAAAUUUAUGAUGUUGGAGCUUAUGAUUAAAAUAUGUCUUUUGAUAAACA